GGUUUCAGCUGGCUGCCGCGCAGGCUGUUCGGCAGGCGGAGACAGGGGGCUGGCCGGUGGGUGCGCGUGCGGGGAGCGAGGCUGAAGGCAGAGAGACCACGUUACUCCCCACUGCAAUCCUGCGUCGCUUGGGCAGGGUGGGGGUGCGGAGGGGACGUGGGGCUGACGGCCGCCAUACCUGUCUCUCCUCAUCGGGUGUGCAUGCUUCCCGCCAACCUGGCGAGCGCGAAGCGCGCAAUUCGCGCGCCAAUUUUUGAUAGGAGAGGGUCACGCUGAUACACAGCAGCCCGCGCGUGAGAAGUAAAAGCGCGCACGCACGGACGUCCUCCCACAAACACACAAGCGGCGGCAGCACUCGUUUCGACGGAGCUGUCCCAGAGCCGUGCUCCUGUUUCCUCUCAUCUGGUCCACCUGUCUGUCUGUCUGUCCUCUAUCAAGCCAAGCCAGUUGAGGACGUCGGCGUCAGUCUCUAGGAGAGGAGAUCCGCGAGCAGAAAGAGCGGGGAAAGGGUGAUUAGAGACGGGCGGAUAUAGGGGUACACAAUGGCGGCGCUGGGGUUGUUGCCGAGAGCUGUUGGAGCUCCCACGGCCGCGGCUGCGGCUCUUCUCCCUGCUGAAUUGUCCCGACGUAACCCGACACAGUCCGCCGGGAUAGAGACGUUAUCCACUUGCUCUGGGCUGGUUGCUGCGAGCAGCUUGCAUGGCUGCAGGCAUCUUCUUUGUUCGCGCGCAAAAUGGAUACAGGUUCCGGAUGGAGGACAGCGAUGGAGUCGAGUUCAUACAGAGCGGGAAAGAUGGUCGCCGUUGGUAAUCAGAGCGGGAGUUAGAUGGACAGAGGAUCCACCUCCAAGUUUUAAUGCGUCAAGCCUUUUGGAUGGAGGUCAAGAUGUUAACUCGCGGGCAGUCGAUCCUGCAGAGACGCAAGCUGCUGUGCACGACCAAUUGUCACAGGCACAAUCACAACUUUCCACUCUGGGAUUGUUGUCUGUUCUUGCUCUACGCGGGAAGUCGUUUGCUGGUCGGUCGGCAUCACAAGCGAGGUCGAGCCAGGACACCGUUCCUCCGUCGACGUUCGAAAGGGCGCGCUUGUUUGCAUUGGUCGCUGGUGCACUGGGAUUUGUGGCUGUUGCCUCCCCAGCAAUAGCGACAGUGGCAUCGACAGCGGCAGGUGCGACUGUUCCGAGGACUGGGGUGCUUCAAGUCUUAGCUGGCACAGAGCUGCUAGCAAGUGCGUGGACCGGUCUUGUCGCCGGGUGCUUGCAUACUCUCACAGGGCCUGAUCACCUUGCAGCGCUCGCGCCGUUGUCGAUAGGGCGGUCGAAGUUAGAAAGUGCAUGCGUAGGAGCGCUGUGGGGCUUUGGCCAUGACACAGGACAAGUUUUGUUUGGGCUGAUGUUCUUGUUGCUCAAGGACAGACUGAGAAUGGAUUUGUUGCAGACCUGGGGUGCACGGAUUGUGGGUAUGACCUUGAUCGGAAUCGGGUUGCUUGGCAUGAAAGAGUCGCAGGCGUUGUCAGUACAGGAGGAGGUGUUGUCGUCGGCUUCGCCGGGGGCAGCGGCGGAAAUGGCUGUCGCGGGUGUCGGCGCGGUGGGUGGGAAUGUUCUAGAAGUCAAAGGGAUCAGCGGCGAAAUAUCGAAGAAGAACGUGAAUCUGGCGACAACGUUUGCUACAGGAAUCAUUCAUGGCCUUCAGCCCGACGCUCUUCUGAUGGUCUUGCCUGCGCUCGCUCUCCCGUCGAAAGUUGCGGGCGCUGCCUUCCUGAUGAUGUUCCUCAUUGGAACGAUUGCAGCGAUGGGGAGCUAUACUGCAUUCAUUGGUGUUUCUAGUAGAGCUUUAGGUAAACGUGUGCCAUGGGUCACACAGAGAUUAUCGCUCGUGGCGUCAAUCUUUGCCAUGCUUGUGGGGACCAGCAUUCUCAUACCAGGUGGCCUCUCGAACGUCUUGCCUUUUGUAAAUGUGUAAUUUUUCAAUUCAUUUAUCGCGAAAUUAUCGGCUUGAAUGCGAUCUCUUGCCGCUGCAUGUAUCGUAUGCCUGUGUCUCUUGCAACUAAGCCCGCAGUCGUCAUGCAACAUGGCUUACGCGUUGUGCACCCAUUUUUGUGCAGUGGAUGCAACUCCUCUUUCUCUCCUUUCGUCCUUGAUUGCAUGUGCUGUACCUCCAGCUGCUGUUCCUCGUGAUCUUAUCGUCCUUCUGCAGGCAAUGCUCUUCAUGUGUAUACAGAGAUAGGGGGUUGGUUCUCUCAUCCCAUCUCCUCUCCUUUCUUCUCUGCUUUCUAAGUGUAGACCUCCCCCCUACUGCCAUAUCUCACCCCGUCUC